AUGGCCGCAAGUACAUUUAUUCAAAACAUUCAAAAUGUGUCAUCAUCUUCAUCUUCAUCUUCAUCAGGCUCAAGUCCAUCAUCAUCUGAUACCAGUAAAACGGAACAAUCUUUUACACCAAAUUCUGGCCCUCCAUCGGGUGAAUCUUCGGGAAUUCAAGAGUCAUCAUUGCAUUCACCAUCAAACCAUGGUCUUACAUCGACAUCCAAUAGCUUUGUAGACAUAGUCAAAGACUAUGAAAGGUACAAGUUGUCAAAAUACAGUGGACCACGAAAUGUUCCUCCACCAUCUUUGAUUUAUCAAGGUGAUGUACGGUCAAUCAGUAAUCGUGAACCUUUGCUGAGUCCAUCAACCUUGCAAGGAUAUAAUGGUUAUUCAUACAGUUUCCUUGGUAAUGGUCAAACCACACUCAGAGGACCACAUCCAACAAGUUCAACUGGCUCCAUAUCUGGACACAAUGGACCUGAAGAUUAUUUGGCCUGGUCAGAAGAUGAAGUGCCAUUCAAUAUGGUUAAAGGCUAUGGAGAGUCGUCUGUCAACAGUGAAAGUUAUUUCCCAUCAGCCUUGGAUUAUUCAUCUAAUUACGAUUUUGAGCUUCUUCCUCAAGGAAGUAAAACUCAUUUCCAUGAACCAGUAGCCAGUUCACAGUCAUCUUAUAACAGUCGUCCCAAUAGCCAAAUGAACCCUGAUUUAAUGGGUGAUUCAGGUUUCUUCAAUUAUCAUUCCCUUGUAACCAAUAUGGAUGAGAAUGAACAACUGCCCAUUCUAAUUGAAAGUUAUGUUGUCAAUUAUCCGCCACUCUCAGAGAAACCAGUAGCUCACUCUUUAUCAGCAUUUACCUUUGACCAUAGACCAGGUUUACAUUCAGGUCAAUCAAGUCACCAUCAUAGUCCUGUUCAUCAUCACUCGCAUAAUCCAGUUGAAUCAAACUCAGGUCGACAUCGUCCAAUGCCUUUAAUGAAUUCAGCAUCCAUGACAUAUCCAAUGCUUGCACCUAAGCCAUCCUCUGAGCGAGUUUUCAUUUCACCCUAUCUGUACGCUCGCCCCUGUAAAUAUGAUUGUUUUGCCAACCCACUGCAAGAUAUGAAAUAUGGUUUAAUGAAUUUACUGGAAGGAGCUCAUAAUCAUGGAAGACGCUAG